UGUGUGCCAGUCUCGCCCAGUAUGCCCGUGCCUGCAAGAUGGAGGGAGGGAAUCCUGGCAGAUGGAGACUGGGUGUGGAUGAAUGCCAGCUGAACUGUCCUUCGAACACUGUGUACGAUCCAUGCUUCAGUGGCUGUCCAGCAACAUGUUCCUCUGCUUCCAGCUCAUUGUCCUGCAAUGCCACCUGCCAGGAGACAUGCCGGUGUGAGGAUGGACUGGUGCUCGAUGGCGGGAAGUGCGUUGAUCCAUCGCAGUGUGGUUGCACUCUGGACAACGGUGUUUAUAUUCCGUCUGGGGGAGCAUGGACCGACUCGGACUGCACACAACACUGCACCUGUGAAGCUGGGCGUUCCCAGUGUGAUGCUUUUGAGUGCGGAGAGAACGAGGAAUGUGAUAUCAAGAACGGAGUUCCAAGCUGUUACUGCAAAGACGGCUACACCUCCCUUGGAGAUGCCUGCUUUAGAGCUCCUGGGUAUUGUCAGAUCUGGGGUGAUCCUCAUUAUGUUACCUUCGAUAAGAAGAAGUACAACUUCCAGGGUGCCUGCGACUACACUUUGGUCAGAGAUUGCGGAAACUCCAGUGACUACCACCUGUGGUCCAACAAUGAACGACGGCGCCCAUCCGACCGUGUUUCUUUCCUGAGGGAAGUGAUACUUGAUCUGAGGGGUUCCCGAUACUCUUUGAUGAAGGGCUUCCACGUCAGAGUAAAUGGCGUAGAUGUGUCUGACUACCUUCCCUACAUUGAUGACCAGGCCUUGAUCUACCGGAUUAUUUCCCUCUUUCUUUUCUUUUAGAAUCUGGUAACGGAUUUCUUGUGGGUGAGCUACGACGGACAAGACAGCGCCGAUGUGUACCUGAGCUACUAUGCAGGAAGAACCUGUGGCCUUUGUGGAUCUUUUGAUGGGAGAAAGAAUGAUUUGCUGCUUCCUUCCGGUCAACAGGCAAGAUCUGCCACUGAGUUUGGAAACAGUUGGGUGGUUAAUCCUGACCAGUGCGAAGAUGUGGAUCCAGGUCCAACCGAUCCUUGCGAGGAGGGAGAGAACGGACUGACAGCAUCUAGUGAUCUCUGCUAUUACUUGAAGGAUCCUACAGGACCAUUUGAAUCUUGUAUUGAGAUUUUGAGCCCUGACGACUACUACGACUCCUGCGUCUAUGACGUUUGCUUAACCGGUGAUGAUGCUCUGUGUGCCAGUCUGGCCCAGUAUGCCCGUGCCUGCAAGAUGGAGGGAGGGAAUCCUGGCAGAUGGAGACUGGGUGUGGAUGAAUGCCAGCUGAACUGUCCUUCGAACACUGUGUACGAUCCAUGCUUCAGUGGCUGUCCAGCAACAUGUUCCUCUGCUUCCAGCUCAUUGUCCUGCAAUGCCACCUGCCAGGAGACAUGCCGGUGUGAGGAUGGACUGGUGCUCGAUGGCGGGAAGUGCGUUGAUCCAUCGCAGUGUGGUUGCACUCUGGACAACGGUGUUUAUAUUCCGUCUGGGGGAGCAUGGACCGACUCGGACUGCACACAACACUGCACCUGUGAAGCUGGGCGUUCCCAGUGUGAUGCUUUUGAGUGCGGAGAGAACGAGGAAUGUGAUAUCAAGAACGGAGUUCCAAGCUGUUACUGCAAAGACGGCUACACCUCCCUUGGAGAUGCCUGCUUUAGAGCUCCUGGGUAUUGUCAGAUCUGGGGUGAUCCUCAUUAUGUUACCUUCGAUAAGAAGAAGUACAACUUCCAGGGUGCCUGCGACUACACUUUGGUCAGAGAUUGCGGAAACUCCAGUGACUACCACCUGUGGUCCAACAAUGAACGACGGCGCCCAUCCGACCGUGUUUCUUUCCUGAGGGAAGUGAUACUUGAUCUGAGGGGUUCCCGAUACUCUUUGAUGAAGGGCUUCCACGUCAGAGUAAAUGGCGUAGAUGUGUCUGACUACCUUCCCUACAUUGAUGACCAGGCCUUGAUCUACCGGAUUAUUUCCCUCUUUCUUUUCUUUUAGAAUCUGGUAACGGAUUUCUUGUGGGUGAGCUACGACGGACAAGACAGCGCCGAUGUGUACCUGAGCUACUAUGCAGGAAGAACCUGUGGCCUUUGUGGAUCUUUUGAUGGGGAGAAGAAGAAUGAUUUGCUGCUUCCUUCCGGGGAUUUGGCAAGAUCUGCCACUGAGUUUGGAAACAGUUGGGUGGUUAAUCCUGACCAGUGCGAAGAUGUGGAUCCAGGUCCAACCGAUCCUUGCGAGGAGGGAGAGAACGGACUGACAGCAUCUAGUGAUCUCUGCUAUUACUUGAAGGAUCCUACAGGACCAUUUGAAUCUUGUAUUGAGAUUUUGAGCCCUGACGACUACUACGACUCCUGCGUCUAUGACGUUUGCUUAACCGGUGAUGAUGCUCUGUGUGCCAGUCUCGCCCAGUAUGCCCGUGCCUGCAAGAUGGAGGGAGGGAAUCCUGGCAGAUGGAGACUGGGUGUGGAUGAAUGCCAGCUGAACUGUCCUUCGAACACUGUGUACGAUCCAUGCUUCAGUGGCUGUCCAGCAACAUGUUCCUCUGCUUCCAGCUCAUUGUCCUGCAAUGCCACCUGCCAGGAGACAUGCCGGUGUGAGGAUGGACUGGUGCUCGAUGGCGGGAAGUGCGUUGAUCCAUCGCAGUGUGGUUGCACUCUGGACAACGGUGUUUAUAUUCCGUCUGGGGGAGCAUGGACCGACUCGGACUGCACACAACACUGCACCUGUGAAGCUGGGCGUUCCCAGUGUGAUGCUUUUGAGUGCGGAGAGAACGAGGAAUGUGAUAUCAAGAACGGAGUUCCAAGCUGUUACUGCAAAGACGGCUACACCUCCCUUGGAGAUGCCUGCUUUAGAGCUCCUGGGUAUUGUCAGAUCUGGGGUGAUCCUCAUUAUGUUACCUUCGAUAAGAAGAAGUACAACUUCCAGGGUGCCUGCGACUACACUUUGGUCAGAGAUUGCGGAAACUCCAGUGACUACCACCUGUGGUCCAACAAUGAACGACGGCGCCCAUCCGACCGUGUUUCUUUCCUGAGGGAAGUGAUACUUGAUCUGAGGGGUUCCCGAUACUCUUUGAUGAAGGGCUUCCACGUCAGAGUAAAUGGCGUAGAUGUGUCUGACUACCUUCCCUACAUUGAUGACCAGGCCUUGAUCUACCGGGAUGUGACAUCAGUGAAUCUGGUAACGGAUUUCUUGUGGGUGAGCUACGACGGACAAGACAGCGCCGAUGUGUACCUGAGCUACUAUGCAGGAAGAACCUGUGGCCUUUGUGGAUCUUUUGAUGGGGAGAAGAAGAAUGAUUUGCUGCUUCCUUCCGGGGAUUUGGCAAGAUCUGCCACUGAGUUUGGAAACAGUUGGGUGGUUAAUCCUGACCAGUGCGAAGAUGUGGAUCCAGGUCCAACCGAUCCUUGCGAGGAGGGAGAGAACGGACUGACAGCAUCUAGUGAUCUCUGCUAUUACUUGAAGGAUCCUACAGGACCAUUUGAAUCUUGUAUUGAGAUUUUGAGCCCUGACGACUACUACGACUCCUGCGUCUAUGACGUUUGCUUAACCGGUGAUGAUGCUCUGUGUGCCAGUCUCGCCCAGUAUGCCCGUGCCUGCAAGAUGGAGGGAGGGAAUCCUGGCAGAUGGAGACUGGGUGUGGAUGAAUGCCAGCUGAACUGUCCUUCGAACACUGUGUACGAUCCAUGCUUCAGUGGCUGUCCAGCAACAUGUUCCUCUGCUUCCAGCUCAUUGUCCUGCAAUGCCACCUGCCAGGAGACAUGCCGGUGUGAGGAUGGACUGGUGCUCGAUGGCGGGAAGUGCGUUGAUCCAUCGCAGUGUGGUUGCACUCUGGACAACGGUGUUUAUAUUCCGUCUGGGGGAGCAUGGACCGACUCGGACUGCACACAACACUGCACCUGUGAAGCUGGGCGUUCCCAGUGUGAUGCUUUUGAGUGCGGAGAGAACGAGGAAUGUGAUAUCAAGAACGGAGUUCCAAGCUGUUACUGCAAAGACGGCUACACCUCCCUUGGAGAUGCCUGCUUUAGAGCUCCUGGGUAUUGUCAGAUCUGGGGUGAUCCUCAUUAUGUUACCUUCGAUAAGAAGAAGUACAACUUCCAGGGUGCCUGCGACUACACUUUGGUCAGAGAUUGCGGAAACUCCAGUGACUACCACCUGUGGUCCAACAAUGAACGACGGCGCCCAUCCGACCGUGUUUCUUUCCUGAGGGAAGUGAUACUUGAUCUGAGGGGUUCCCGAUACUCUUUGAUGAAGGGCUUCCACGUCAGAGUAAAUGGCGUAGAUGUGUCUGACUACCUUCCCUACAUUGAUGACCAGGCCUUGAUCUACCGGGAUGUGACAUCAGUGAAUCUGGUAACGGAUUUCUUGUGGGUGAGCUACGACGGACAAGACAGCGCCGAUGUGUACCUGAGCUACUAUGCAGGAAGAACCUGUGGCCUUUGUGGAUCUUUUGAUGGGGAGAAGAAGAAUGAUUUGCUGCUUCCUUCCGGGGAUUUGGCAAGAUCUGCCACUGAGUUUGGAAACAGUUGGGUGGUUAAUCCUGACCAGUGCGAAGAUGUGGAUCCAGGUCCAACCGAUCCUUGCGAGGAGGGAGAGAACGGACUGACUGCAUCUAGUGAUCUCUGCUAUUACUUGAAGGAUCCUACAGGACCAUUUGAAUCUUGUAUUGAGAUUUUGAGCCCUGACGACUACUACGACUCCUGCGUCUAUGACGUUUGCUUACCGGUGAUGAUGCUCUGUGUGCCAGUCUGGCCCAGUAUGCCCGUGCCUGCAAGAUGGAGGGAGGGAAUCCUGGCAGAUGGAGACUGGGUGUGGAUGAAUGCCAGCUGAACUGUCCUUCGAACACUGUGUACGAUCCAUGCUUCAGUGGCU